GGGUCCUAAACGUGCUAUGAGCAUUCGCCUUGCUGGUGCAGUGUCUCCUUCACAUCGCCCUCCAGCUGGAGUGAAGUACUGUGGCACUGCAGCCUCAGUAACAGCCAGGAAAUCAAUACCCUCUUGACAUUAGCUGCCUCCUCUGUUCAGAUAAAAAAAAAAAUGGCUGUUCCUCCCGGAUAUGGUGAUCUUGGCAAAUCUGCCAAGGACAUCUUCAACAAAGGAUAUGGGUUUGGCAUAGUCAAGCUUGAUGUGAAGACCAAGUCUGCAAACGGAGUGGAAUUCAAAACUUCAGGCUCAUCGAACACCGACACCAGCAAAGUCAAUGGUAACCUGGAGACCAAGUACAAGUGGUCAGAAUAUGGCCUGACCUUUACGGAGAAGUGGAACACAGACAACACUCUGGGAACAGAGAUCACUGUUGAAGACCAGAUUACCAAAGGACUUAAGCUUACUUUCGACACAACUUUCUCACCAAAUACUGGAAAGAAGAGCGGAAAGGUGAAGACGGCCUACAAACGUGAGUACGUCAACCUCGGCUGCGAUGUUGACUUCGACUUUGCUGGACCUACAAUCCACGGAGCCGCAGUUGUGGGCUACGAGGGCUGGCUCGCUGGCUACCAGAUGAGCUUCGACACGGCCAAGUCCAAGAUGACCCAGAACAACUUUGCGGUUGGCUACAAGACUGGUGACUUCCAGCUGCACACCAACGUGAAUGACGGAUCCGAGUUUGGUGGCUCCAUCUACCAGAAGGUCAGUGACAAGCUGGAGACAUCCGUCAAUCUGGCCUGGACUGCAGGAAACAACAGCACUCGCUUUGGUAUAGCUGCCAAGUACCAGCUGGAUUCCAGUGCCUCUCUAAGUGCUAAGGUGAAUAACGCAAGCCUGGUUGGCGUUGGCUAUACCCAGACACUUAGGCCAGGUGUGAAGCUCACCAUGUCCGCCCUGAUGGACGGGAAAAACAUCAAUGCAGGUGGUCACAAGCUGGGCCUGGGGCUGGAGCUGGAGGCAUAACGUCCAGUUCGCCUCUCACUUAGAAAGGAAUUAUGGGAAGAAUUUGGCCUUAUGUAUUUCUGGCUUAACCAGCAGGGGCGGUCUCUCAAAGGGAAGAAAAAAAAAUGAAACUAUAUAUUCACACCUUCCAUACCACAGUGAUAUGAUGGAUACCUGACAGCUACAGUACUCACUUUUUUUGUUUUUUUCCUGAAAUCUUCCAUCAUGUUCACUCCCUGUUAUUUAUUUGCUGUAUUGUCCACCUCUCUUCUAUACACUUGAGUUGCCAUGACAAUGAAAUACAUCUAUUUCUAAAAGACAAACUUGGAACAUGUUCUGCAUGUUUGGCUGUUUUUUUUUUCUUUAGUUUGUUUGUUUUGGUUCUGCGGGUUCAUUUGGGUGGUCUGAAAGAAUGGCCUCCUGAUCUUACUUGAGUGUUUUUCUUUUAAGUAAAUGUUCUCUGAAUGUAGAAUUAUAAACCUCAGCUGCUCUGCACUCUUCAGAAUCACCUUAAUCUUCAGAUUUGCUGUUUCCCCCCAAAACAGCAUUUGCACACGUGUUAGCAUUAUCGUUUGCCGGUUCUUAAGACUGGCUCUUAACAUAGAUGCUAUUGGACUGCAAUACACUUAAAAGCCCUGCAGUCUUGUCAGACUGGGCUUAGCUUUAUUUAUCUCAUUUCAAGUAGAUGUAGCUUUGGUCAGAUCCACCUGUUUUUGGUUCUCAUCUUCAGUUAGAAACUGUAAUGAAAUCACGAAUAAUGCCAAAAUGGAUUUCUCUCAGUGUGAUCAAUUAAGAGCUAUCCACAUUGAAUUACUGAGUAAAUCCACCAUACCCAUUCCUCUUCUGCUCCCCCAUUCCACUGCAGUGUAAAUGGCUGACAAGGACGUUGCUUGGAAACCAUGCAGUCCCUCCCAUUGUGUAUGUCAACCUUUACAAUAAAGUCUUUAAACUUGA